GAUCGCAUACCCUAACAAACGUGUCCUUAACCAUAUCUAACCCUAAGAGACAAACCUUCAGAAACCCUUUUAUUAUUUUUGCACUAUGUUUCCUUUAAACUCAGGUGAUGAGCUGUUCUUCAACGCUUCCUCCAACCCCCACCAACAGUACAAUAUCCCUGAAGAUCUGAUUUGUGGCCGCGAUUCUCAGGAUGCUAGUAAUAUAACCAACAAUUCAGGAAGAAGCCGACGCCGUCGAAAAUCAUGUGUUAUGGACACUGCCGAUGACACUAAUAGUGAUAAUAAUAAGAAGAAGAUGAUGCAUAGAGAUAUUGAGCGCCAAAGAAGGCAAGAAAUGGCCACCCUUCAUGCUUCGCUUCGAUCUUUACUCCCUCUUGAAUAUAUCAAGAAUGUAUGUGACUCUAGAGAAAAGUUGAUGGGGGUUUUUCAGGGAAAGCGUUCGAUGUCGGAUCAGAUGAACGAGGCCGUGAACUAUAUAAAGCAUCUUGAGGUGAGAAUCAAAGAACUGGGUGUCAGGAGAGAUGAACUAAAGAAAUCGUCAAAUUCGAGUAGUCAUGGCUCAGAAAGUGGAAGCUCCGAUCAAAGCGUAUGUCAAAGCAAUAUCAUCGUCAGGCAAAGUCUUGUCGGAGUGGAGGUCGUUUAUGGUUGCGGGUACUGGGAGCAAGGUUUGCCCCUAUCAAGAGUAAUUGAAAUACUGCUUGAUGAAGGACUUCGUGUUGUUAAUUGUAUCUCUACCAAAGUAAGCGAUAGGCUACUUCACACGAUCCAGACUGAGGUGAAUGAUCCAUCAUGCUUCAACCUAGGCGAGCUGCAACAGAAACUAACAAGUGAAGUAGCAUGAUAGCUGUGAUUAUUUCAAAAUUUCCACCCUUAGGCUGCAACAAUCUAACGUUGAACCUGAGUUGUUUGUAAUUAUUCAGUGAGAAUGUUUGAGGCUCCUCGCUUUUCAGGUUUUCGUUAUAAGAAACUUUGGUGGAAUGCGAAAUUAUCAAAAACCUUUUGACCAUCUUCAGUAAAUAUAUCCCACACCUUCAUGUACAGAUUUUCUCUUUGAGCAUUUUGUGCAUAUCUUUUUAUUUGUUUUUCUUGAGCAAAAUUGUGCAUAUCAUU